AUAAAUUUGAUAGCCAGCUUGAAACUGCCUUCAAACUCUUCCGAGAGCUCAAGAGUCAACACUUCGCCAUUGAAACGCCAAUGUUUUACAACUUUGACGGUUCAUCGCCAACAAGCCAGGAAAGCAGAUCAUAAUCAGUCCAAAAUCGUAUGAAAAUCAUGCCGAAAUCCUUCCUGGUUCGAGUCCGCAAGGGGCUUGCAGAAAUCUCUCACAGCGCGCCUAAAGAACUCAAGAUUCACGAAAGUCAUGUUCCACUCAUUAUUCCGAAGUCAAACGAACAAUGGCUAUUGGAACAAAGAGCUUCAGUAAUUGUAAACGCAUCUAGUCAAAGGAUCGGUCAUCCACCCGAAAGUAAAUCAUGCACCAAGGACAUGAAACACUUAUUUAGCCAUGAAGAUAAGCUUUUCGAGGGAAACGAUAAAACGCGUGCGUAUCGUGAAAACGAGUCUCACAAGUCCGACUGUCAUGACACAUACGCGUGCAACACGUGUCAGAAAAUGUUUUGCACGCCGCACGGUUUGGAGGUACACGUGCGACGAUCUCAUGCGGGGAAUCGACCGUACGGCUGCUCCACGUGCGGAAAAACAUUUAGUCAUUACGUGAGCCUAGCGCAACACAGGAAGACGCAUUCAACUGUUAAAAUAUUCGAAUGCAAGACUUGCGGGAAACAUUUCAAGCGCUCCUCCACCUUAUCUACGCACAUGCUGAUCCACGCUGAUAUCAGGCCUUUUUCUUGUGAUUACUGCGGGAAGAGAUUCCAUCAGAAGUCAGACAUGAAAAAGCACAUGCUCGUUCACACGGGCGAGAAGCCUCAUAAGUGUCGCCAGUGCGGCAAGUGCUUCAGUCAAUCUUCUAAUCUCAUUACGCACAGCCGUAAGCAUCUGGGAUUUAAACCUUUCGCUUGUCCUACGUGCAGCAGAGCUUUCUAUCGUAAAGUGGACUUAAGGAGGCACAGCCACGUUCAUCGACUCAGUUACCACAGCAACGGUAAAACUUUCGGAGAGCUAUGCUUAAAUCAGACCUUACUUAUUUCUACGUCGCCUAAUUGAAGAACUAGACAGUAACUAGUUCAGAUCUCCAGUAAUUUGACCGUACUUUGGGAUACUGAUGCAACAAGAGUGUCAUUACUUCUGAACAGUUGCCUUGAUUGGCUUGUUAAGAAGGAGUUUUAGUCUGAUAACAUUUUACUUAAAGUAUAGUAGUAUUAUCGCUAUGCCUAUGGCUUAGUAAAUAUGACUUUAAUAUCACAGUUUUCUUCGAGAAACUUGAAACAAAAACCCAGGACGUUUUCUUUACAUGUAGAACUUUCCCAAUUUGUGAGCUGUUAACGAAAACGAAUAAGCACAGAAAAUUCCCAUGGCUUGGCCCUUUGAAAUAGAUAACUAAUAAGUAACUCGCGCUGCUAAUGCAAUGUUUUCCUUAAUUCAAUUAAAUACAAAAAUUAUGUGUUGAGAAAUAGAAUUCCAUGUUAACUUCACCCGUGGUCAUCACGUGCCGCAACGAGUUAAAACAAAUUGACCUGCGUUUAAGCUUACGCAAUUUUUUACAUU